AUGCAGCCAUCAAAUGCACCGGCUCCGGCCACCACUGCUGCUUCGUGGCUCCAAAAUACCCUCGCUUCAAUCGGGUCUAUCUUCCAAACUUCCAAGGAAGAUGAGUCUGAAUCCGAUGCGAUCUCCGGAUGGGUUGGGACAAAAAAGCGACGCUGUCGAUCUGUCGGGGAGGCUCGUUGA